UAAUCUUAGAUAUUUUCAAUCUUAGCUUUUCAAAUAUUUAAAAUGUCAUUUCCAAUCAACCUGUAAUUUGUAAUGUAAUUAGUAGUUUAUCUAUGCAAUACAUAAUCUAGUUUUGAUUGUGAAACAUAACCCAAAAAAAAUCCAAUGGAGAACUACCUUCUCAUUGCCACUUUGGUUAGCGCCAGUCUUGUAUUUGGUUGCUAUUACAUACUCGUCCAGAUCGCAGAAACAUGCUCACGUGAUAUCAAUGACUGUGACUUGGGGCUGCAGUGCCUUGAGUGUCAUUCGCAAAACCGGUGCACACGAAUUAGAACUAUAAGUCCCACUUCAAAGGUGAUGGAGCUCCCAUUCAAUGAGUACUCAUGGCUUACAACCCACAACUCAUUUGCAGCCAAGGGAGUGAACUGGAGUACAGGUUCUCCAGUUUUGGCCUUCACAAACCAGGAAGAUUCCAUUACAGAUCAGCUCAAGAAUGGUGUGAGAGGACUAAUGCUGGACAUGUGGGAUUAUGAAGAUACCAUUUGGUUGUGUCGUGGGCCUUGCACCAAAUAUACAACCUUUCAACCUGCCCUUAAUGUUCUGAAAGAGGUCAGAGUGUUCCUCGUAACACACCCAACAGAGAUCAUCACCAUUUUCAUUGAUGAUCAUGUAACAUCAGGAAAUGGUGUGAACAAGGUGUUUGAUAAAGCUAGAUUGAGGAAAUUCUGGUUUCCAGUGUCUAAAAUGCCUAAGAAUGGAAGUGAUUGGCCAACAGUCAAAACAAUGAUAAGGAAGAAUUAUAGGCUAAUUGUGUUCACUUCAAAUGCUUCUAGGGAGGCUUCUGAAGGAAUUGCCUAUGAGUGGAAUUAUGUUGUAGAAAGCCAAUUUGGAAAUGUUGGGAUUAAGGGAGGUUCUUGUCAAAAUAGACCUGAAUCACUUCCAAUGAACAAUGCUACAAAGUCACUAGUCCUAAUGAACUACUUCAGAAAUGUCCGAAAUCAUGAUGAUGAAGCAUGCAGGGAUAACUCAUCUCCAUUGAUUGCAAUGAUGCAUGUCUGCUUUAGAGCUGCGGGUAACCGAUGGCCUAACUUUAUUGCUGUUGACUUUUACAAGAGAGGCGACGGAGGAGGAGCCCCAGAAGCAUUAGAUUUGGCAAAUCGAAACUUGAUUAGGCUGUGAGCAAACAUGUCAGUCAUUUGGGAGUUAUAUAUCCAAUGAAUUAAACUAGCUUUCUAUGUUACUUUUUUGCUACAUGGAAUGAAGGCCUUACAUGCUUAAGAAUGUGUGUGGUAUGUAUAUUGAAAGAUACUGACCGCAUUUACAUGUUUUUUCCUAAUGAUUGGCCUAAUGUGGUUAAGGUGGUAUGUUUUUACCUUAA